AUGGGCCUUUUGGACCGCCUCCGGGCCCGUCCACGGCGCAGUGCGGGGGCUGCGACCGAGUACCACACGCCGCCCCGCUCGACCAGGAGAGACCCUGGCUACGAUCUGACCAAACAGCUGCCUCGUCCUGUGCUGGCCUACAUCUUCACCCUCGUCUGUCCACAUACCCUCGAUGAUUCCUACGAUACCUCGGAGGAAUCCACUACUGAUGGCUGCAUGCUCUGUGACAUGCGCGACCUGGCGCAUUGUGCCCAGGUCUGCAAGCGCUGGUAUCUAGAGGCACGCGCUCUUCUAUACACAAAUGUUCGCAUCGACCCCGUCCAUUACUGCGAGCUCGAAUUUGAGCUUGCCGCCAAGCGCAAACGUCCGUCCUUUUUCGACCGACAUGGCGAUCCCAUUGAUGCACCCCAGGUUCGCAUGGAAUUGUUCAUGCGAACGGUCCGUGAAGCUCAAGGGCUCGGCAAUAUGGUGCUCUCCCUGCGUAUGCCCUACAUGACUCGUGAAGCCAAUAAGUCGAUCAUCGCCCGCACCAUCUCCGUGCUGCCGAAUCUGCGCUUCGUGGAUCUCCCGUCUGGAUUGUUCAGCGACGAACCCUCUUGUACCGCGCUGAAACAAGAACUGAUGGCGCGAUGCCCAAACAUUCGACGUAUGAGCUAUUGCCACGGGUCCGAGGGAAGCUUUGCACGUCUGCCGGGCUCACAGCUUUGGUUGAACCUGGAGAAGCUACAUCUCUCGGGCCUUCAGAUCGAGGCGAGCAUCCUGCGUGACGGUCUCGCCUCCUUCCCUCGGUUGCACGACUUGACCUUGGAAGAUCUUCCCUGGCUGGACGACUCGGCCUUUGCAUACAAUGACUCGUUACCCCCUUGGCCGGCGCUCAGUCAAUUGGUCUUGCGGGACACGCCCAACGUGACGGCGAGCGGGCUCGCCGCCAUGCUCUCGGUCCCCAUUGUUCGCAAGACUUUGCGGUCGCUGACCCUGGCCUCAACAGGCAUUCUUCCAUCGACCCUGCAUCGCAUUCUCCCCGUGGCGCCGCAACUCCACAGUCUUUCCAUUGUGCAAGAGGCCACGCGCUCAUUUCCUACCGAGCAAGUCCCGCCCUUACUCUCCAAAUCACUCCGUCUGCUGCAUUACGAGAUCACCUCUGAAGUCGGGGCCAACGGCCUCCCGUCCAUGGCCCGAUCCUACUAUUCCUAUCUCAUCUCCUCUCUUAUGGCUCACGGCUUACCCGCUCUGCGCGAUCUCUACGUUCGAGACGCUCAGUUCCCCGACACACUGCUCCUGGCACCCCCUCCUCGGCUGUACGGCGGCGGUGAAAGCGGCCCUCAAUUCGCCGGCACGGGUCUGACACAACCACUCAACGUCUACAGCAAGGGUCUCGAUGAGUUCGAGUGGAAUUUCACCCCCUUUGACCCGGCACCGGGACGAUCGGCCGGCAAGACAAGACCGGUGAGUUUUCACGAGGCGCAAUUGAGUCGAUCGUGGGGCGGGGAUGCGCGGAAGAGUGUGCUAGUGGGUAAUGGCUUUGGCGGGUUCCUAGCCGUACCUGCUGAUGAGGGUCAACGGCCGCAGACGGGGGUUGCGCAUAAGCGACGAACUUCGUCGGAUUUAUGGCGUUGA